AUGCGCUCAAUCGCGGCACCGGCACUUCGCCAUGGCACUGCGAAUAAUCUUCCAAGAUGCGCCGCAAGGCCAUUGGCCGCGCAGAUGCUUCGACAAUAUGCGACACAGCCAUCAAGGAGCAGAACAAUGAGAGAGAUGGAUCGUGCGGCUCGUGCUGGCUCAAGCAGGAUGACAAAAGAACAGAGCAUCUCGCAGUUGCAGAAAAUGGCAAACGCAGAGUACUUCAAGGAUGGAGGGGGUCCGCUGUUUCCAGGCACAUUUGUAACCCUCCCGUUAUUUCGUCUGCCGCUAAACCCUGCAGAUUUCGCGCAAUAUCAAUGGAGCAGGCUAAGACAUUGGGUGAUUGAAACCGUUUCUUUGCUCAACUUCAAAUUGAAAUCCAUGCCAAAUUGGACGACUCGACCUCAGUGGAAAGCCCGCCGCGGCAAGAUUGCGCCUACGGCCAAGGCUCUAUAUCAGGAAGUGCUAGAGGCUUUUGCUGCGGGAGACAAAGCGACACUCGAAAGAAUUUGCGUCAAUGACUUUGCAAAGAAGCUCAUUGCGGCAAUAGACCGCCGGAAUCCUCGAGAGCGGGUUCACUUCAAGGUUACCAAGUACAACAGCUCGCUCUUCUAUCCCAAGCGAAUAGCACAUCAGAUCCACCAGAUCAACAUGUACGACAAGAACCUCAUGACAGAACAAGCCGUUGUUGCCAUUUCAUCCACCCAGCAGGUGUCUCGGUAUGAUGCGUCUACAGGAGAGACGAUCCCUGGCAGCGUUAAGAUUCAAGACAAGGUGGAAUAUGUGGUGCUCUCCAGACAGGUCAAUGCGGUCACAUUCGAAUCGGACGCGUGGAGAGUUUGGGGCACAACAUCUCCCACAACUUUGGAAGCAUAUCUGGAAGAGAAGGAAGCUAUCGACAAGGAGCAGGCGAGACGAGCUGGAUGGAAGCCUGCGUCCAAGUAG